AUGACAAUUAUUUUGUUCCAGAUCACUUUCUACGAGGAGAAGAACUUCCAGGGUCGCUCCUAUGAGUGCAUGAGCGACUGCUCCGACAUGUCCUCCUACAUGAGCAGGUGCCAGUCCUGCAGGGUGGAGAGCGGCUGCUUCAUGCUCUAUGAGAGGAACAACUACAUGGGCCAGCAGUUCUUCAUGAGGAGGGGAGAGUACAACGACAUGCACCGCAUGCAGAGCAUGGGAAUGAUGUUUGACAACAUCAGGUCCUGCAGAAUGAUCCCCUUUCACAGAGGCCAGUUCAGGAUGAAGAUCUACGAGAGGGAGAACUUCGGUGGUCAGUCCAAUGAGAUGAUGGACGACUGUGACAACAUCCAGGAUCGUUACCGCAUGUCUGACUGCCAGUCCUGCCACGUGAUGGACGGACACUGGCUGAUGUACGAGCAGCCCCAGUACAGAGGCAGGAUGAUGUACAUGAGGCCCGGAGAGUACAGGAGCUUCAGGGAGAUGAUGAGCGGCCAGAGGUUCAUGAGCAUGAGGCGUAUCACUGACAUGUGUUAGUUUCCUCACUAAUAAAACAUGAUCUAACUUACAUUUGCUGGAUUUGUUAUUGGUCAUCAUAACUUCAUAGCACCU